GAACCUAAAUUUGAAAUUCGUCUGUGAAGUUGAAUGGAGACUACGAAAUUUUUGAAAAUAGAGACAACUCUUUUUGAAAUAUUACUGCGGUGAAAUUCUCUCUCAUGCUUUUUUCUUUUAUCUAACCUACGCAUCCAAAUUGAAACAUCAAAAUGUCUAGCGCGAGAAGAGAAGAAAUGAAAAAAGAUAUAAUUCCUGACAUGGUUGUGGAUCCAAGCUCAGGGAAACGAUAUUUGAAAGGAAGAUUUCUCGGAAAGGGAGGAUUUGCUAAAUGUUAUGAGUUGACAGAUGUGGAAACCAAAGAACUAUUUGCUGGGAAGGUUGUUCCCAAAUCACUGCUGGUUAAACAACAUCAGAAGGACAAGAUGACACAAGAAAUCAACAUCCACAGAAGUAUAUCACAUAAGUACAUUGUAAAGUUCCACUCCUUCUUUGAGGAUUCUGAUCAUGUUUACAUUCUACUAGAAUUGUGUCGUAGGAGGUCUUUAAUGGAGUUGCACAAGAGACGAAAAGCAAUAACAGAACCUGAGACACGAUACUUUGUAAGACAAGUCAUCCUAGCUUGCCAGUACCUACAUACUAAUAAAAUCAUCCAUCGUGACUUGAAACUUGGAAAUCUGUUCAUAAAUGAUGAGAUGGAAAUAAAAAUUGGAGAUUUUGGACUUGCAACAAGAUUAGAUUAUGAUGGAGAAAGAAAAAGGACUUUAUGUGGUACACCAAAUUACAUAGCACCUGAAGUUUUAGGCAAAAGAGGACAUAGUUAUGAGGUAGAUGUCUGGUCCUUAGGUUGUAUUAUAUAUACAUUAUUGGUUGGUAAACCUCCAUUUGAAACUACUUGCUUGAAAGACACUUACAUGAGAAUUAAAAAGAAUGAGUAUCAUAUACCAUCCCGCAUAAGUAAAGCUGCAGCAACACUUAUAGCCAAGUUACUUAAAUCUGACCCAACAGAUAGACCUAACAUGGAUCAAAUCUUAGAUGAUGAAUUCUUGCAUUGUGGUUAUUUACCAGCCAGACUUCCAACAAGUUGUUUAACAAUGGCUCCAAGGUUUGACACAUUAGCUAAAUCAGAGUUGCAGACAUUACAGUCAAGGAAACCAUUGUUGGAACUCAACAGAGCAGAUGGUAAUGGUAGACCACAGACAGCUGUUCCAGAUUCUGUCAAGGUGUAUGAAAGACAGUUGGCAGAAGGUGGUGAAGAUGAAGGACAGAGAAAGCCAAGUGAUGAACCAGCAGAUUAUUAUCUCUCUGACUUAUUUGGACAGUUAUCAGCUGUAGUUGCAUCUAAGCCAUCAGAACGUGUUGUAAUAACAGAAGAGGAUGCUGAGGAUCCAGCACUGAUACCUAUAUACUGGGUUAGUAAGUGGGUAGACUACUCAGACAAGUAUGGAUUAGGCUACCAGCUUUGUGAUAACAGUGUUGGAGUAGUGUUUAAUGAUUCUACUAGACUCAUUCUCUUGGCUAAUGGAGAGAAUAUUCAAUAUAUAGAAAGAGAUGGAACAGAACAUUAUCAUACCCUGAAAGUCUUUCCAGAAACUCUUACAAAGAAGGUCACAUUGCUAAAAUACUUCAGAAAUUAUAUGAAUGAACAUCUACUUAAGGCUGGUGCAAACAUGGUACCAAGAGAAGGUGAUGACAUGACCAGGUUACCUUUCCUAAGGACUUGGUUCAGAACUCGCAGUGCAAUAGUCUUACAUCUCAGUAACGGAACAUUACAGAUCAACUUCUUUCAAGAUCACACCAAGAUUAUUUUAUGUCCUAUAAUGUCAGCUGUGACCUAUAUAGAUGAGAAAAGAGACUUUCACAUUUACAAAGCAUCUCUAAUAGAGAAGUUUGGAUGUGCCAAAGAACUAUCAAGCCGUCUUCGAUAUGCAAAGACAAUGGUAGAGCGACUGAUGACUUCAAAAUCUUUAGGAUCUGGGCGUGUACGAUCAGCUAAUCCUUCUACCUCCUAGUCAAGUGGUUGUGACAGCCAAAUAUUGUGAUCACUAAGAGGGUUCAGUUUCAUGAAUCAUGAAAGUUUGGUAUCAUUUCCUUUACAUAUUAAAUAUAUCUGAGAGGUGUUCUCAAAAUAUCUUGUCUCAGGGGACAAAAAGAUUUAAAAGUAUGAUUUUGUAUAAUACAUGUAUCAACUUUUUUAAACACAUUACACUCACACUUUUAUGUUCAGUGAACUACAUUAUCUGGGUCAGAACCCAAAGGAGUAGGUCCGGUAAGGGCCGAUUUUGGCCUCAAAAUUCAGGUUCAUCUGUUGAAAGAUUUUGGACACUUUUUAAACACUUAAGUGUCUACUUCAGUCGAUUCAAUUAGUUUAUGUGAAAGAUUUGAACUAAUUUAGUCAUUAAAGACGCACAAAUUCAAGCUUAAAUAUGAAAUAUUUAUCAAAUAUGCCAUAAUAUGUCACUUUUCAGAUGGUUUUUGUCAAAAAUGAAAGUGGCCGCAUCCGUGUUCAUUCUCAACCUUUAUAUAUGUUAUGUGUUAUCAUCAAAUACAACUUACAUUUAAAUAUCAAGAAUGAACACAAAUGCGGCCACUUCCAUUUCAGACAGAAACCGUCUAAAAAUUAACCAAAAUGCUAAAAUUUCGAAGAUUUCAAUAAUUUAGCAUGACUUAAUGAUGCUAGUACCCGAUACAUGUGCAUUGUAUUGUAAAAAACAGCCCAUAUUUAUGUAACAGAAGUAUUCUUCUUUCCAAUAAAUAGCUAAAAAUUUACAUUUUAACAAUUUUGUAAAACUGUUAUAUUUUUGGGCCAAAAAGGGGUCUUACCGGACCUACUCCUUUGGCAAAUAUCUAGUUUAAAAGCACAUGACCUAUUUCAUGUUGUAAGUAAUUUAAAGAAAAAUUAGUGCUGCAAUUUUUUCAAGAGGAAGUUUUCUUCAUCUUUCAUAAAAAUGAAUUUCAUAGUCCCAUGGUAUUUUUUUGUUUACAUUCAUUAGAAUACAUUGAGGAGUUCAUGUGCUUUUUAGAUACAAUUACCUUCAUAUGUGUUUUUCAGAAAACAUCGCUUUCUGUUAUUCAUUGUUCUUUGCAUGUGAGAGUACUUUUUGUGAAUGAAAAGGGUAUAUGUGUUAAAAGAAGCAUAGAUGAAAUUGAAAAUGAAACAAAGAAGAUUGAGUGAAACUUUUCAUUGUGCAUGAUGUAUGUUUGAGUGAAUUUAUUAUAAAAGUGCUGCAUGAAUGGUGCAAGAGUUAUUUUGAUAGGGUUUGUAUUUCAUUUCACAUCUCAAAGAAAAUAGGACUUAUCAAAUUGUAGUUAAGAAUCAUGUUAAAAUUAGCAUAAAUUAUACAAAGUGCUUUUUGUCAUCUUCAGACUUACAUUGUUAUUAUGUCAUUUUGUUAUCUUUGCUAUAAAUAACUCAACUUGUCAUUUUCUCAUUUUAAGUAAGCUCCAACAAUUUUUGGAGUGUGAUUUCACUCAAGUUUGCUUGGUUAACACUUUAGAAAUUUGUAUGUGAAAUAUUUUUUCCUGUGGCUAUUAUACCAUUUUUAAUGACUUGUUUACAUUUUUAUAAUGGGAUGAAUUUUGUUACAAAAGAUAUUCCAUAAUCAGUUGACAGUAACAGCUUAUGUUAUCAUGGUUAUGGUGAUCUUAGUAAAGAUCUAAAGUUUAACAGUGGUCCACCCAAUGUACUACAGGGUAUAUGGAAAGUUAACUUUGGAAUGCUAGAAAAUUAUACAAAUUCACAAUAUUUAAUGUGAUUCUAUAAUAUGAAGUAAAUAUUACCAACUGAUAACCUGAGCUGCGGUAAGCCACUACUGUGUGCCUUUUUCCUGGUGUAAAAAUGCAUCUCUUUGUAUACUGGGAACUGGUAUUUUCAUUAUGCUCAUGUGAACUUGACAACAGAUUUGUAAACAAAACUAUAUGAUGUAUUAACUAAGCCUUUAUUGCACAAAUUUCGUCCUACUGUAAUUUUAUGAUUUUAAAAAUUAACCUUGUUAUAUUUCCAUGAGAAUGUGAAAUAAGAUAUAAAAAUCCUAGAAAAAGAAUUCAAUUUUGUAAAACUUUGGAACCCAGAAUUCAUCCUACCACUGUAAAAUUUGACUUUAUAGAACUGUUUGUAUAAGAAAUAAAUAUUUUGAGGAUUUGGUCUGUAUUGAAGAUCUUUGAUAGUCUCUCUUUUAUUUCUUCACAACUUUUUAAUGCUCAGAGUAAUUUAAGGCCUGACAUUUUAUUGUUGAAGUCUAUGUUGACCCUUUAAAUGAGUUUUGAUUUUUUUUUUGUGUUGUUGGGUUGCUGUCUCAUCAACAUAUACCCUCCACAUUUCCUUUAAUUUCUAUCUUUUAUUAUUGUUUUUUUCUUGCUAUCUCUUGAUCUUGUAUUAUUUUAAAUGAGGGCUUCUUUUUAAAAUUUUACCAGUCCAAUAUAUAUGAAUUCCACCAAGUUAAACCACUGAAAAGAAAGCCAUUCGACUCAAAUUGUUUACACACUUGGUUUAGAAUUAACCUUAUCUAUCAAAUUUCUAUACCUUUUCCCUUUCUGAAAACUUCCAGAAUCUCAUAACUUUACUUAUAUUUUGUUAGUUCAGAUAUUUUACAUAGUGAACAACUGUUCUGUUGAUUUAAAGAGUAGGAAUGAAAUCUUGAUGCUGUUGACAAUUCUUUGUUAUAAUAUCUGAUAAUGGAAACUCAAUAAUGUUAUCAUUUCUCUAAAAUAUAUACAAGUCUUUUGAGUUUAUAUUUAUGAAUAAAAAAUAAAACUAAA